GCGGUCACCCCUUACUGCGUCCCGACUGUGCCUGUUCUCUACCACUCUCAAAUUGAUUAGGACCGCCUUACUUCCGAAUCAUCGAGGUGCUGGUCGAGCAAACAAUCAGCCUCCUUUCCAUCAUCGACAUCUCACUGGCAGUCUAGCGACCAACUCGCGAUGAACUGAUUUGAAAUUCGGACGCCACAGGAUGCACGAUCCCUUGAUGCGGCGAGCGAUUGCCUGCUAUUUUGAACCAUGCUGAGCCUGCGUGGGAGACAGCGCCUGAGAACGAUCUUCUGAUUCUUCCGCAUCCGACAACGAGUGUGGUUUCAAUGCGCAGAUCGAAAUCGAUUAGAUGGAUUUGCAACCCUCCAGCGGAGUCCACCCAUUAUCACACCCGUGGGCUGUGCCUACUCGUUGACGUGUGUCAGUGUCCACACCUUGUUCUUUCCUCUGCUUUGCUUUGCUGCACACGCCGCUCGUUAUGCUCUACCACCCGUUCCUCUUCUCAUGUGUGGACGAUGAAUAGAUGCAACGCGUUCAUUCUAUGCACCCAUGUCAUCCAGACCAAGACGACGAAGGCUAAGAAGACUGGGGACGAAAACACCAUUCUCAUCAAAAUACGAUCCUGAGACUGUGGUCACUCCCUCUUUGGAGCAAGAGCCUUUGCCAACCCUGCUGCUAAGGCUACAGCGGGGGCGUACCAAGGGAUACUCACUAUAAUCCGACAACGAAACGGAGUUCUUUUCGAAGACAGCUUCGAUGAAGAAUUUGAGAAGAUGCCACUCUUCUUCGACGAGAUGGGCGACCCGCCGCCCAUCAAGAUCUCCGUCGGUCCUUCUGCUGCUUCAGCACGCAUCUGCAACCCCAAAACACAAGGGGAUUCAAUGAAGCCCUCCCGAAUCGCAUCCCGGCUUUCUCGAGCGUGUUGUAGAUUCGCUUACAUUAUUAACGCAUUUGAAGUACGCGCACUGCGACAGGGAUUAUGUAUUCAUCUUCAACCUUCUCAAGGCAGAAUGGGGAAUCUUCACGUGGAUGCUUCUGGCUUUGACCGGCAUAGAUGAAGCCUGAUUUCUCUUGGCUCCAUCUUCUGGCUCAAUUCGUUGUCAUUCGGUGCUGUUGCUGUCGGCAGCAUCUCGUUUGCGCCGGGCAACGUGUGUGUGCUGUGGCUUCAGCUCUGUUACGCAUGGGUGGACUUGGACACCUUCUCUGCCGAACAGAACCCACCAAUUACAAUCUCAUGUUCAUUGCAAUCUCUGCUCGCACUCUAACGCUGCAUAUGAUUCCGACAGCGGUUAUCUUCAGUUGCUUUUUCGUGGGCAUGUUGAUGGGCUUGUAUUGGCUGUCAUGGCUAGCUGCUAUCUUAGGCAUUCGAUCAGUUGGGCUCCUACCGCGGCUCUCUGCCCAAGAUUCCCGAUGAUUCGCACAAGGAGAAAGUGGAGGCGCAGUCAAUCUGUUGUAUCUCCGCUACGUCUAUAGAUUCUACGAACAUACGUACAUCAAU